AUCAUUCGAAUAGUGUGAAUUAGAUAAAGCACACCAAAAGCUUCACGGUUUAUUUUAACCUUUAUCGCUUAAACCAACAAAUUCAAGUCAAAAUGUUCAAGUCGUUCUUGGCUCUUUCCCUCCUCCUCGCCGUCGCAUCGGCAGGAUACGCCGGAUAUCCAUAUGCUGCUUCAUACGCUGCUCCAUAUGCUUAUGGAGCCCACUACGGAGCUCAUUAUGGAGUUGGAGCCCACUAUGCUGCCGCCCCUGCCGUUGCCGCUUAUCAUGCUCCCCUUGCCUACCACGCACCCGCCGUUGUCAAGACCGUUGCCGCUGCCCCCGUGGCAUACACAGCCCCUGUCGUUAAGACCGUAGCCGCCGCUCCUGUUGCCUACCACGCACCUCUCGUUAAGGCUGCUGUCCCACUUGCCACAUCCUACGCCAACACAUACAAGGUCUCUGUUAAGGCUCCUGUUGCUUAUGCUGCUCCCGCUGUUGUUGCGCAUCACGCCCCAUUGGCCGUGGCUCAUGCUCCAGUGUACAGCUCAGCCUACCACGCCCCAGCUGUGACAUAUGCUGCCCAUGCCGCUCCCCUCGCCGUUGCCCACGGGUACUACCAUUAAAUAGCUCAUGGACUGGAGGCGCACACCACUUAAAGAAAAGCACAGAAAAAACCUCUUGAGAUAUCAUAAUUUAUUUUGUAAUAUUGUGAAAACGCUCAUUUUUUGUUCAAACAAACAUCCAGACACAUUGACGGGUGAAACACUUUAUAAGAGUUUUCUGGGGAUUUAAUUCCCCAGUUAAACUUUCUUCACAACGAAAUGAAUGAGUUACAAAUGAAAUCGUUGUAAAUAUUGCCAUUUUUUAAUGAAACAAGAAGAUAUAAAAAAAACAAAGAGAGUUAAGGAGAGUCUAGAUAUGGACUGAAAAAUGUUCCAUAAAUUGCAUCGAUUGUACAAUGUAUUAGAAUGAAUGUUACCGGAGAAGAAAAAAAAAGUUAAAAUAAAAUCGGUUCUCUUGCAAGAAAA